GCUUAGCGCUCCGGGGCGGACGGGGCGUGCGUGUGGUCACGUGGCGGCGGCGCGCGUAGCUAAAUACGCGGCGCCGGCCAUUUUGUGCGAGAAGCCGCAGCGCCGCCUCUCUGCUCGCGCCGUGCCUCCGCCUCCGGGUCUCCCUGCGCCCCGGGCUUCCGCCGCUUCAUUGAUUUCCGUUUCUCGCCGCUGCAGCCUCCUGACACGGUGAUCCGGGCGGCCCCCGCAGGAAUUUUAUCUCCUCACCGGCCUCACACUAGUGUCGCAUGUCCACUAUCCAGAACCUCCAAUCUUUCGACCCCUUUGCUGAUGCAACUAAGGGUGACGACUUACUCCCGGCGGGGACUGAGGAUUACAUUCAUAUAAGAAUCCAGCAGCGGAACGGCAGGAAGACACUGACCACUGUGCAGGGCAUUGCGGACGACUAUGACAAAAAGAAACUUGUGAAGGCUUUCAAAAAGAAAUUUGCCUGUAACGGUACUGUGAUUGAGCACCCUGAAUACGGAGAGGUUAUUCAGCUUCAAGGUGACCAGAGGAAGAACAUUUGCCAGUUUCUUUUGGAGGUCGGCAUUGUCAAGGAAGAGCAGCUGAAGGUCCACGGAUUCUAAGAUGAGCCCCGGCAUGCGGCGAGUUUCUUAAGUGGUUUUGUUCUGUAACCCAGUUUGGCUGCCUCGGGAGAUGGUUCUCCACGGUAAACGACAGACUUUGUGUUUAUUUAGUCAUUCAGACUUCCACUCACACUUGCAUGGCUACAGAAAACACGGGGUAUGUAGGCCCCUGAGUCAUAAGAAAAUCGCAGUGAGAUGGGAGCGAAGCCCGAGUCCGUCCUAACAUGUUUCCAAUGGAAAAGCUUUUGUUCUGAGUGUUUAUUGUUCGGUUUUAUUUUCACUUGAUUAUUAAAUGUUGCUGUUGUUGUUGUAUUAAACCAUGUGUGUUGCAGCUUAACAAUAAAAAGAAAGUCUGUGA